AUCAAACAAGACUUGCAUCUUGCAACUCUUGGAAUAAAAUUGAUUUGUCUUUGUCACUGCUUUGGUCAUAACUACUUGUGCUUGGAGCAAAGAAUGUAGUUGACAUGAGAAUUUCAACUGGGAUUCGAACCCAUGUCCUUUGCGUGUCGGUCCAGGGUGGAGUGACCAACAGUGGUGUUGGAGCUCUCAUAUCAAUUCCACAUUUCUUUCGUCCCAGUCCUCCUUUAGUUUUGUUGCAAUCAGCUCGUCCCAUCGCUUCGCUUCAUCGACAGCAACAUUUAUCAAUCGCAAGAUGUCUGAUAUGUCGCACGGCACACCACCCAAUUUUUGCACUACGCACAAUUCGCGCUGUGCAUUAAGAGCAACGGACAUGAGCCCUGCGCUGAGCCGUUGCUCCAGUUGUGUUGGAUCCAAGAUUGCCAGAGCAUCCGAAUCGGAGAAGAAUGCGAAUGUGAAACAGAACGGGCUGUGGUGCAUGGACAGUGGGACAGGAGCACGUUCAGAUGUACGAUGCUGCAGAACGGUGAACGAACAUUAAGAGCACCUUCGAGGAACACGCACUACCGUUACUUCGUCACCAAUUACUUCUACAUCUGGUCGGCGAAAAUGCUUGAGCGCUACGAUCCCUGCGAGACACGCACAGUCGAGCAAGUUACCCGCGUCCGCCAAACAAUGAAUCAUGAGUCACCCACCCGUUCUCCGGCUAUAACACACAGCGACUCUUUAUCCACAGCGUCACUCCUCCUCAGCACCUUAUCUAGCAUCCUUGUGAUCAUCACCUCCUCGUCAGACGCCCUUAGGAGAUUCGUACUCCAUCCCUGCCAUUGGUGAGAUUUCCGAGUGCACCGUGACAAGACCCUCGAAUGGCCGUUCGGGGGGCGGCUUCACCAUCUUGGCUUCUGUGUGUGCGAGAACACUACGAGGGUAAUAAGCGAGUGUGGUGGGAUCGAAGGCGAUGGUGGACGCAUUUUGUGGAGAGCAAUAAUUACGUCGCUCGAAGAUCAAUCUUAUAAUCGUUGAAUCUCCCCUCACAUGGUCCGCCUCAUAACACACAACAUACUGGCCUGCCACGUUAAAAACUGUACCUCUAACAACUUUCCAUUGAAAUUUCAAGAUGUUCAAAUCGUCUUACGAGAAAGCGAAUUCAAUCCCGAGUUCUUGAGAGGGUUCAUACCCAAGUUGGAAUGGAAGGCAUUAGUGGAUGCUGCCCGCGAACUCGGAGACACCUCACUCCCGGAGGAGAUGCCUGAGAUGCUGGACGAUGAGUUCUUGAAGACGCUGCAUCACGUUUUGCUCGAAAUUCACGUUGAAGAGGGAGCCAUGAUCUGCCCGAACUGUAGCCACAACUAUCUCAUAUCGAACGGCAUUCCGAACAUGCUUCUUGCUGAGCACGAGAUUGGUUAAAAAGCCUGCUAGAUUACAGAACCUGUUCAUUCGCUAGGGCAAUCGACCCGAUUCGUCCUCGUAACUAGACCCAGUCUUUAAAAUAUACAACGGUAUACAACAUUCACCGUCUCACGCGCCUUGAUACCGCCUCAGUAUCAACGGCAGUUGCCCCGUCAUAGUCUUAUCCCCGGCAAGCACAGGUUUCGUCAGUGGGUUGCUGCUGCGACAGAUUCCGCCUUUAGGAACCGCAUUCUCGAACACGAAUGCACGAAUCAGCGUGAACAGGACGGCUUUUUGCUCUGCGAGAGUAAAUCGGAAUCCGAUGCAAUUGUGUGGUCCCGCGAAGAAUGUCAACAAGUUAGAGUAGAUGCCUGGAACCGCAUUGGCGGCGUCGGGAACCUGGGCCCAGCGCUCUGGUCUG